AUGCUCGUUAAACAGUGUCCUCUUGCAGGUGAUGAUCGUCUCUGCACUGUCUGUUGGCUACACCAGACAUGCGGUUCCUCCGGUUUUGCGAACCGCGGUUUCCGGUUCGCGAUAAUCCAGGUUGGUCUAGUUUCGGCCGAUCUUUUGCCAAACAUGCCAGUCCCUUUGAGAAACUCGCAGACACGAGCUGUCCAUGUAAAGCCAGGCCAGGCAUUACAACCGGGCCACUUCGAUCAACUGCUAGUAUGCCUCGUUCAUUAG